AUGUCUUGCUCCCUCGCUUUGGUCCUUCUGCUCGGCGGCGUGGCAGUCUGCACCGCCCAGGGAGUUUCCGGGGGAUUCGGCUUAAAGAGGGACCACCGCACCAACCCCAAGUAUCUAAACCUGGCCCACUUCGCGACGUCCACUUGGUCUGCACAACAGGCCGGCAGAACCUACUUCGACACCGUAGAAGAAGUCGAGAGGGUCGAGACUCAGGUUGUCGCUGGAACCAACUAUAGACUGACGCUCAGGGUCGUUGAGUCUGUCUGCGUACUCACGUCCCCGUACUCCAGGGAGGUCUGCGUAGCAAAAGAAGAUGUGGCACGCAGGCGCUGCGUAGCCGUCGUUUACGAGGACUUGCAGGGAGAGUGGACCGUCAGCUCCUACGACUGCGUACCGUAAUAAAAGCAUAACCGC